UUUUUUGAUCUUCUCUUGCGCUGCUCAACGCAUCUUUCCUGUGCAUCAACCAGCACUCCUUCCGCUUCGAUCGGACAUGGCACCAAAGAGAGCAAGGACGCCGUCGGGUGAUGCCAAGGUGUCGGCUGCGGCUGUGGCGGCCAAGGCAAGCAGCAAGGAGAGCGCCGCGAAGAAGCUCAAGGUGGCUUCCGGCAGCGCUGUCGCUGCAAAGUCAUCUACGACGACGACAACGACGACGACGACGACGAACGGGUCCGUGGGAGGCACAAAACGCAAGGCUCGUGCGUCGACGGCGGAGCCGAGCGCCAGCGCUGAUAAAGCCGCGCCCAAGCUCAAGGCGCAGCGACGGACGCGAACGCCGGGACCGCUGGACAACAAAAAGGCCCAGCUGCCCGCUUACACAGUCCGGACGGGCAUCAACCCGCUCCCGGCGCCCCUGCUGCCCGUCACGCGGACGCUGCUCGACAAGAAUUUGGCUGUGGAUGUAAGCACGCCCUACAUGGCGCCGACGGCGCGCGAGAGGCAGGCACAGAUCGAGUCGGCGGCCGGCAAGGCGGGUGCGGGUGCGGGUGGGGUGCUCAAGCGCGACCUCUUUGUCUUUGGCAACGGCGACAUGGGCCAGCAUGGGCUGGGCACCGACGUGCUCGACGAGAUCAAGCGGCCCCGCCUGCACUCGUGGGUCGCCUCCAAGAAUGCAGAAGACGCCCUUGGCGCAGGCGGCAUCGAGAUGGUCGCUGCUGGCGGCAUGCACUCGCUCCUCAUCGACUCCAACGGCCGCGUCCUCUCGUACGGCAUCAAUGACAAUGGCUGCCUGGGAAGACGGACGACGCGGGACCCGACCAUCGAGGCAGAGGUCUUUGAGACGGAGCCCAUAGCCAUCGAGGGUCUCUCCCCGACGGGGCGGGGCGUCGUCGGAGGACCCAGCCUCGAGGGCGGAAAGGAGGGCGACGUGGAGCAGUUUCGCGCGACCCGCGUGGCCGCGGGCGACAGCGUCAGUGUAGCCGUGAGCGACCGGGGUGAGAUCAGGGUCUGGGGAAGCUUCAGGUCCAACGACGGUCUUCUUGGAUUCGACGGCACCGUGGGGAGCGACAAGGUGCAGUUCCUUCCCGUGGCGCUGCCCUCGCUUCAAAAGUACUCCAUCUCGGCGGUCUGUUGUGGCGAUGACCACGUCCUGGCUCUCACGACCGAGGGCGAGGUGUUGACAUGGGGAAACGGGCAGCAGAUGCAGCUGGGCCGGCGCAUCAUUGAGCGGCGCAAGAUCAACGGCCUGACGCCCGAGAAACUCAGCCUUAAAAACAUUGUCCUCAUCGGGGCGGGCGCCUACCACAGCUUUGCCGUCAACAAGGACGGCAAGGUCUUUGCGUGGGGUCUCAACAGCCUCAAGCAGACGGGCAUCGAUACCGUCGAGGACAUCAUCCCCGUUCCGAGAGAGGUGCCCGCUCUCAAUCCAAAGGAGCUCGGUGCGAGCGUCGUGCAGAUCCAGGCGGGCCAGCAUCACUCGCUCUUUCUCCUGUCGGACGGCAGGGUGUUUGGAACCGGCCGAUGCGACGGCUUCGAGCUGGGCAUCGACGAGUCGCACCCGGCCAUGCAGGAGGUCCAAAAGGCGCGCGAGGCGUGGGGCCGGAAACGCGACGAGGAGCUCAAGGUCGAGAUUCCGGCGUGGGAGAAGCGCAUGGAGGAAAAGAAAAAGAAGGCAGCUGCCGCCAACGCAGAGGCAGGCGGCGCUGGCGCCGGCAGCAACGGCAUGUCGCUCGACAUGGUCAUGACAGAGGAGGACAUGCCGCCAAAGAAGGGCGUGCCCCCGGACGAGUACGUGGCCGAGCCGGUCCACAUCCCCUUUCCGGCGUCGGCCCGCGUCGUGCAGCUAGCGUGCGGAUCGAGAAACAACAUGGCCGUGACCGAGGAUGGGACGGUGUAUUCGUGGGGAUUCGGAAUCAGCUCCCAGCUCGGUCAGGGCGACGAGGAGCAGAUUGAGACGCCCACCGUCGUCAAGAGCAAGCAGCUGGCGCCGUUCCAGACCAUGGCCGUCGCAGCGGGCGGCCAGCACUCCAUCUUGCUCGCCGUUAGGUCAAAGGAGGUCGUCCAGCCAUGAGAGCUCUUUGCCAUCGACGACACAGAGAAUCAUCCUAUCAGAGACACAGGGUGUGGGGAUCUUUCUAUCCUAAGCUUAGCCAACCCUCCUCUUCUUUUGUCUUCGCUUUGUUCAAAAAAAGUCGAUAUAGCGACAGGUGAAUUCCUCAAUUUGAGAGCAAUUGUUGUGUGUAAAAGU